AUAUUAAAAAAAAUGGUGUCGAGGAUUGUGUGCCUGAUGAUGAUUAUUGGGUUGACCUGCGGCGCCACCUGGAUGGGACGACUUCCGAUGAAGCCCCGUCAACAUGCUCACAAAACAGGCUGUUACAUUCCCGAAAUUGAUGACGUUAUACCAUUCGGUGAAGAAGUCUCUCCAGCCGGUUCUUGCUAUAGGAUAGAAUGCCUGAAACAGAGGCUUUCAUAUGCAUCUUGCGAAGUAAUAAGCAUUGAAGAUGAGUCAUCAAAAUGUUACGUCACAAACGGGGAUCUCAGCAGGCCGUAUCCAGACUGCUGUCAACAAAUAAAAUGCGAAGAAGACAACUAUCUCAUCUAGUAUUGACUUCUUCAGGAGCAAGUCUUGGAUGACGUAUAUAAUUGUAGAUGACACGGGAGCAAUUGAGGAGACAUUGAGAAAAAAAUAUAGGAUUUUAGCGAAGUUGUACUUAUACAAGUCACAAUAAGGGAUAUAAUAUACUAUAUGAUGAAUAUGGCUGUCAUAAUAUUGGAGCACAGUUAAAAAAAUAAUAAAAUAUUUUUUCACGACAAAAAGAUUCGACGAAAAGAUCGGAAACGCAGAAAGCAGCUGGCUGGAAAUUGAAACAUAAAAUAAAUAAAUAGAAUUUUAUAAGUAAAAUAAAUUAUGUGUUAGUGAUUUUUACAUGUGUGAGUUAUUGUUAAUAUUUGAGACUAAUGCAGGAAUAGUUCUUCAUUUGUCCAACGUCAGACUUAUAACUUUAAGGUGCUCCUGAAAGACUUAUUGAUAGAGUUCCUUAUAAAGGAGUUGGGGAUUAAUAUACUCCGACUCGAGAAGCUAUCUUGCCGCCAAAUUGUUAUUAUUUAUUAAAUUAAAUUAGUUUCACUUUA